GCUUGGUUUAUUAUUUAAUAGUGCAUUUUCGAGCCGAAUCAGCAUACGGUCUCAGUAGGCGACGGCGAUCGGAAGCUGGCAAUUAAGUGCAGACUGAUCUGUUGCGCGAAUCGGUUCCGUAUACAUAACCCAGUGACAGUUCGAUGAAAGUGAGCUUCUUGAGGCAAGUGUUCAUAGUCGUGUGAAUUAGAUCGGUGUAAGGGCCGAAGGAAUUAACCAUGAAACCUGUAUUGUUGGCGUUUGCGAUAGUUCUCGCGAUUGGCACUGCCUCGUCAUACAUUUUGGAACCCGGCCCAGUGGUGAAGGCUACUGUCGGGGAACUAUGGCCCAAACCCAAGUCGCAAACUUCCAGUCCAUCGUACUUCAUUCUUAAAAGAUCCUCCUUUCAACUAAAGGUAACCAACAGAACUUGUGACAUUCUGGAAAAGGCCAUCGAACGAUACCAGAAACUGAUCCUAAGUGUGGGAAGCGAUGAGCGAAGGUCGUCAGCCGAGGUGUCGAAAAAAUCGUGGCGUUCGGAUCCAAAUUUCAUUGGUAACCUCGAGGAAGUGAAGGUCAAUCUGAAGGCGCCUUGCGAACAGUUACCAUACCUUGGAAUGGAUGAAUCAUACGAACUUGUGAUUGAUGAAACACGGGCCAGUAUUGAUUCGUUCUCCAUUUGGGGCAUGUUGAGAGGCUUAGAAUCGUUUUCGCAGCUGGUCGUUGGAAAUAUGCUCCGCGUUAACACCACCACCAUCUCGGACAGCCCCCGGUUUUCCCACCGUGGUCUCUUGGUCGACACCUCGCGUCACUUCAUCAGCAUGAACAUCCUCAUGACGAUCCUGGAUGGGAUGGCAUACAACAAACUGAACGUCUUCCACUGGCACAUUGUGGACGAUCAUGCCUUCCCAUACCAGAGCACAGUUUAUCCUGAACUGAGCGCCCAAGGUGCCUACCGUCCCACGAUGGUUUACACCCCGGAAGACGUACAGAAAGUGAUUGAGGAAGCCCGUUUGAGGGGAAUCCGUGUCAUGUCCGAAUUCGAUACACCCGGUCACACUCGUUCGUGGGGAAUUUCUCAUCCGGAGUUGCUGACGCCUUGUUUCGAUCAAUACGCCGGAAAAUUUGGCCCGAUUGAUCCAACGAAAGAAUCGACGUACACUUUCCUGUACAAUCUGUUCCAGGAAGUCGUAGGUGUAUUCCCAGAUCAGUACAUCCACCUUGGAGGUGACGAAGUUGGCUUCGAAUGCUGGGCCAGUAAUCCAGAUAUUAUGGAGUAUAUGAAGGAAAACAGAUUGUACACGUUUGAGAUGCUAGAGGAGCAAUACAUUCAACGCGUGGUUGAUCAAAUUGAUUCGUUGAACAGAAGUUCACUUGUCUGGCAGGAAGUUUAUGUGAAUGGGGUUCGACUGCCGAAUGGAACCGUUGUGCAUGUAUGGACGGGAAAUCGUCAAGAUCUUCUACAGAGGAUCACUGGUGAUGGUCUUCCUGCUCUGCUGUCGACAUGCUGGUAUUUGGAUCACCUGGCCAUGGGAGGAGAUUGGCGUAAGUUUUAUGAAUGUGAUCCUCACGACUUCGUGGGUAAUCAGAAGCAGAAAGACCUCGUGCUGGGUGGUGAAGCAUGCAUGUGGGCUGAGGCUGUGAAUGAUAACAACAUUGUGCAACGAAUUUUCCCCCGUGUCUCCGCCGUUGCCGAGAAACUGUGGUCUGAGGAGGAUGUUGACGACGCAGAUGAGGCUGCACGUCGCCUGGAAGAACACACCUGCCGUAUGAACCAGCGUAAUAUUCCUGCCCAACCACCGAACGGACCUGGAUUCUGUUAAGAGAAUGAUGUUGGAAAUAAAGUGGUUGUCUUGGAUGGAAA